AUGUCCGAGUCGCCCGAGUCCGAUGUCCCUAAUUCCAUCCACCCUCGCUCCGCCAUGUCCUUCCCUUCAUGCAAGUCCGAAAGUCUUACCGAUGGACGAGCUGCUGUACACGACGAUGGGGACAUGAAGUUCGACGCGUCGGGCCGACGGUGGAACGAUGGCGCUCAAACAGCUGCCAUUGAACAUCUGGUGACCCUCAAGCAGGGGCUGCGGGCGUCGGACACUGAGCUAUUCUGGAAGCGCCUUAUGGAGGAUAUCACUUCCAUCAGCAAAGCACAAUAUGGAUUCGUAGCUCGGAGGGUACACGGCGGGGAGCCUAUGCCGGAACUCGGUGGGCGCCGGCCGUCGCUGUUUGGGGCGGUCUUUUAUUAUAACGACGGCUACCAGAACGUUGGACUGCAGCGAAACCGGUAUUUCGCAGGCGGAAACCCACUUCUGCAUAUGGAUCACGAACGACCCUGCUUGGUUCCUGAGAACCUCAAAUCUCUCGUCUCCUUUGGUGACGACCAACUGCCAUUCGCCGCCGAGGCGUACCUGGCAAUCCCACUCUUCUCGGCUGGCAAGUGCCUGGCGCAUCUCGGGUUGAUGUGGUCCAAAGAUGGCAUCCGGAGUCGAAAUCUGUCAUGGUCGUUUCUCGAGAUGAUUCUGCAUUCCCUGGAGGACUUGAUCGUUCAGCAACUAUUACAAGACGACGUUUUCCCCGAGCAUCAGACCACCGAGUUUCCAGCCUUCGACCCCACCAUUAUGCAAGAUGCACCGACUAGUACGAUUCCUGAAGAUUCCGAUUUCACGUCUCAACCUCUGAAGCCAUACGCCCGGAGUCUAUCCCAUGAGCUGCGAACUCCGAUGCAAGGUGUGGUGGGUAUGCUGGAUGUCAUGCACGCGACCGUCCGAGAGGCCAUGGAAAGCAAGACUCCCAUUAAAUCGGGCGGCAUAUUUCAGGCUCUCAAAGAGGGUAUUGAGAUGGUUCAAGACAGUGCUAGGCGGGCAGUUGAGGCGGCCGAUAAUGUCGUUCAUGCAUAUGACCUGAACAUGCAAGUCCCUAAGACACCACAAAGAGAGCGAGAAAACGGAAUCCUGGUCGAUCCGACCCCGCAAACCGACUCUAUCGAAUCCCGUCCAACCGUUUUCAUCGAAGGAAACAAUAUUGCCGUCAAUCCCUAUAAGAGACGACGAAGUCUGCCAUUGGACAUGACCUCGGGCCCUGCUAGGAAGCAAAGAGUUCGCGCGGCAUCAUCGCGGCAAGAACUCUCGCCUCGCAGCGAAGAAGUCAAGAACGCCGUUCACGAGAGCGACCAGAUUGUGCAUGCUUCACCGGCCCGCCAGAUUGAAGCAGUCAUGGCCAAUAUGGUCGACCCACGUCCAUCAAUCGCGGUCCGACGAUCCGCCCCUCACCUGCUCUUAGAAGGUAUCAACAUGAACCUUCGAGGUCCAGCUCUGCGCUUCACCAAAUUGCGAGACCUUCUCCGUCUGGUGAUCAACGAGUCCCUUCAUGUCGGUGGUCGCCCUGAUUCUGCCAUCAGCACUGCCACUGAUUUUGGCGAGAAGAUAGAGAUUCGGUCUCGAUCUUCGAAUGGCGAAAUCUUUACUAAAGUCGUGGAUUGGUCUGUUGACCCGGCCUUACCAGACACUCUUCUUGCCGACGAUCGGGACUUGGCCAAGUUGAUCUCGUGCGUUUUUCUAAAUGCCAUCAAGUUUACCAAUAACGGGACCAUCACUGUAUUUGCGACUGUCGACCCGAAAAAUGGCGAUGUCUUGAUUAUGGUCCGCGACACAGGCCCAGGAAUCCCCGAGGCGUUCCUCCCGAACCUUUUUAAACCCUUUGCCCGUGAAGAUGCUUCGACCACUCGGAGUAAGGACGGUCUGGGUUUAGGUCUUCUCGUGGCGAAGGGUCUUUCGCGGAAGAUGGGAGGUGAUUUAAUCUGCGUUCGCUCUUCGACUACAGGUCCCAACCAUGGCUCUGAAUUCCAGAUUCGAGUUCCUGUCAACCAACGUGAUGCGUACAAUCGCCCUGGGACCCCAAACGAGCGAAUGAUGACCCCACCAAUCAUCAAUGAUCAUUCUCGACAUGGCAGCGGAAGCAGCUUCACCUGGGAGCCUUCCUCCCUGAUCUCACCUUCCAUUAUCCAAAAUCAGCCAUUGCAACAACCGACACCCAGUACUGCUGAUGAAAACACAUCUCAAAGAUCGACGCCCCCGCGGGCUCUCGCCAAGCCCCGGCUUAAUCGUACCCUUGGCGAUACGUACGACAAAAAACUUGGAGAGAAAUAUCCACUCCGGUUUCUUGUCGCCGAAGACAACCGAAUCAACCGGCGUGUGUUGGUUAAUAUGCUUCGCAAACUGGGAUAUCGGGACGUUCUUGAAGCUGCUGAUGGCCGAGAAGCCGUUCAGAUUGUGCAAGACAUUUUAUCUGCGUCGGCGUCUGUCAAUGCCUCACCUACAUUCCCCACUACCGACGCACAACCGAUGUCUUCUUCCCUACCCGACUCUUCUCCCGAGAUGAAGCCAAUCGAUAUUGUCUUGAUGGAUCUUUGGAUGCCAAAAAUGGAUGGAUACGAAGCAACUUCUCGCAUUCUUCAAAUGGUUGAUGACCAUCAGAGCCAGGGCUCUGGGUCCGACGAUGGGUCACAGCUCCCGAGUGCUACAGACAGCCCUGAUAAGAUGGACAUGGAUACCACUGUCAGCCCGCCCCGGGUCCCGCGGCCUCCUACCGUCCUUGCUGUCAGUGCGGAUGUCACAGACGAGGCAUUGAAUCGUGCCUCGAAAGUUGGCAUCAAAGGCUACAUGACAAAGCCUUACAAGCUGUCCGACUUGGAACGUCUUAUCCUUGGAUUUUGUGGUAGCCCUAUUGAACCUAUUGGAGUGGCUCCACAAGCCUUCUCAGCCAUUUGA